CAAUAUUAGACCUUUUUGGAUAACUUAAGUGACGGGAGCAACCCACAAAAUACACUGAAUGCAUAGGUGAUUUUCGGUCGUGUGGGAUGCUUCGUGUAAAGAACGAUCAGUCAUUCAAAAUCAUUACCGAGAGAUCCCUCCAUCUUUUCUUGGCGGAAUAGUGAUCUCCGAGCUUGAGUGUGGUACUUGAGGUUAUCCAUCCCUAUGUCAUGGUCAUAGAGAAAACUUUUGCAACUUAUUCUUCGACUUUGACAAAGUUUGCGCAGUAUGGCUCAUGGCAAGUGAUUCUUAAGUUUUCACGCGAUUGAUUUUCCUACUUUCUUUGCAGUUUGGCAUUAUUUACGCUUGUCAGAGGGCAUUGCGCAAUUUUCCUAAAUUAAGUGAGCUGUGAAGCAUUGGACUCUAUGUUGACGCUCCUGGAGUCAUCAUUGUUAAGGAACGCGUGUAAAAAAUGGUUUCCAAAACGCGUGUCCAUUUUUCCUGCUACCUUCGCUGUCAGCAACGGUUCGCGGCCAACUAGAUGGCUAUCGUCGAAUUUUCGAUCGGAAUAUUAUCCAUUUGUUCCAUGGAAAGUGAGAGGAGAACUGGAUGCUGUUGAAUUUCCACCGGAACGCCGGAGACUUCAUCCGCUCCAACGUAGUCCUUACAUUAAUACAGCUACUAAGCCGGUGAAACAUGCUCGUCACUUGAUUGACUAUCGCGGACCAGAACUGGUGCGCAACCAGCUUAGUUACGGGCAGUAUGGCGUGCAAGCUCUUGAUGGAGGUGAAUUGUUGUUUGGUCAUUUGGAGAUGCUCCGUCUCACCAUCAACCGGCAUCUGGAUGAGAAGCGUAUGUUUGCUGUGUGGGGCGUCGAAUCUCCGUGGAAAGCGAAAACGAAACGCUCACAAGGCAAAAGAAUGGGUGGCGGCAAGCCCGACAUACAUCAUUACGUCACUCCCAUCAGAUCCGGUCGUAUAAUCGUGGAACUUGGUGGAUACCUGGAUUGGCAAGAAGCUUACCGGGUAUUGAGUCGCGUGGCUGAUAAACUUCCCUUCCCAGCUCGUUUCGUCUCACAAGAGUUGCUCGACUGCGAGAAACGCAUCGAGGGCUACAUCGCUGCGAAAAAUGUCAAUCCGUUUGCUGAUGCUCGCCAGGCACUCUACCAUAAUUAUGCCGGUUGUCACCAGUUUAUCAGCCCCUAUCAUCUGGAAUGGGACACCACAAAAUUCAUUUAGCGACAAUUAAUCACUGUUACUUUGCUCACAUUUGUGUACAUACAGUAGAUUUUCUUAUGGCUUUGUUUAUUUUGUAAUUUAGCUCACGUGAUUGGUUCACGUUUGUCUAUCCUGACUGCGGUCGGUUGUGCUUGGAAGUUGCAUUUGUAGUGUGACAAAU